AUGGGAUUUCGGUCAUCAAGUCUCUGUUUCAUGAUUCUGAUACUUGCGUUCAACCAGUCACAAGGCACUUCAGCGGCAAGACAUUUAGGAAACGAGACUGAUCUCCUUGCACUUCUGGACUUCAAGGAUAAAAUUUCACAAGAUCCAAAUGGAGUCCUGAGGUCAUGGAAUAAUUCCCAGCACCAUUGUCAAUGGCAAGGAGUCACUUGUGAUGGCAAACACCAAAGAGUUUCAGGCUUGAAUCUACUCGGACAGGACUUGUUUGGAUAUGUAUCUUCGCAUAUAGGUAACUUAACCUUCCUGAAGUUCAUUAACCUUAGGCACAAUAGAUUUUAUGGUGAAAUUCCCGAAGAAGUUGGACAAUUAACACGGUUAAGAUAUCUUAAUCUCACAAAUAAUUCAUUUGGAGGAGGAAUUCCAGUAAACCUUAGCCAUUGCAUACAGCUGAAGGUCAUUGAUGCAUUACUGAAUCGACUAGUCGGAGGAAUCCCAUUUGAGCUUGAUUCACUAAAGAAUCUUGAAGGACUUUCUUUUGGUAAAAACAAUUUGACAGGAGAGAUUCCUCGGUCCUUUGGGAAUCUUACAUCCCUGAGACAAAUCUAUUUGUCCUACAAUAAUUUGAAGGGUCCUAUACCACAAGAAUUAGGCCAAUUGACAAGCUUAUAUUCCAUUGGUGUUGAUGCCAAUUAUUUAUCAGGUACGCUUCCAUCCUCUAUCUACAAUAUAUCAACUCUGGCUUGCAUUUCUGCAUCAAGCAAUAUACUUCAGGGGAAUCUGCCAGCAAAUAUGGGCCUCACACUGCCUAAUAUUCAAGAUUUUCUUUUGGGAGGCAACCAAAUCGAGGGAACUAUUCCAGUUUCCCUUGCCAAUGCUUUUUUGCUUGAAGAACUUGAGCUUAGUGACAACAUGUUGAAAGGACAGGUUCCAACUAAUUUUGGAAAUCUUCACAAUCUUCAGUGGCUAGGUAUUGGAGGCAAUAUUCUGGGAUGCAACUCUGCAGGAGACUUGGACUUUAUUGCAUCUUUAUCGAACUGCAGCAAUCUACAAUCUCUUUUAUUUAGAGGAAACAACUUUGGGGGUAAGUUGCCUGCUUUCAAAUGGAACUCCUCUAACAUGCUGGACCAACUUGAUCUUGGAUUGAAUCAGAUUUUGGGAGAAGUUCCAUUGUGGCUCAGAGGUCUAAAUAACUUAUAUUAUCUGGCCAUGGAUAAUAAUUUUUUCUCAGGUCCUAUACCAAAAUUUUUGGGUAAAUUUCAAAUGUUGCAGGAGUUGCAUCUAGCCAAAAAUCAUUUUUCUGGUCAGAUACCAUCAUCUUUGUUUAAUAUCAGCACUUUGUACGGUCUCUACUUGUCUUCAAAUGAAUUGCAAGGCAGUAUACCUCCAAUUAUUGGGAAUUCUCAGCAUUUACGUUACCUAGACAUGUCGAACAAUAAGCUCAAUGGCAUCAUAUUUACAGAGCUAUUCAGUUUGCUGUCCUCCUUACUAUACCUGAAUCUGUCAAACAACCUUUUUUCUGGUUCCCUUCCGGGUGAAAUAUCUAAAAUGAGCAAUAUCUACAAGUUCGAUAUUUCCCACAACAAAUUCUCUGGAGAAGUUCCAGAUGCAAUUGGACAAUGUUCAGACCUGGAAUACAUUAGUAUGCAAGACAAUUUUUUCCAUGGGACAGUCCCUGCAAAAUUGGCUUCUUUGAAAGAUAUCCAAAUACUGGACAUGUCAAGAAACAACUUCACUGGCCAAAUACCCAAAGAUCUCGAGGCACUAUUGAAUGUGCAAUUUGUAAAUUUGUCCUUUAAUAACCUUGAAGGCAAGGUACCAAUCGGUGGAAUCUUUGAGAAUGCAAGCUUAAUAUCAUUGGUUGGAAAUCCUCCUGGACUUUGUGGUGGUAUACCUGAACUGCAGUUACCAUCAUGCCCUGAUGAAUCAAGGAAAAGAAGAAAGCCUCUUCCAAUCAGAUUCAUAUCCUUAAUUGUUGCUCUUGGAAUUAUCUUUGUAGCUUUGGUCUCUUUUUGCAUGGUGAAGAGGUGA